GAGGUUGCCCGCGUUCGGCCUCUCGGAUCAUCUGACGGUAUUGGUGAGUGCAGGAAAUCGGAAAAAUCAAGCAAACCUCAGCACAAGAUCAUCAACGCAAGAGAUAAGAAACCAAGUAAAGUGGUGAGUAUGGGUCGGUUCCUGCUCCAACUUCCUUGGUCCAACUUAUUUUCUACCCUGCAGUCGUGCGAGGAGAAACUUAAGUUGUUUACGGAACUUAUCAAUCUCGGAUUGGACAUUAUUAUGCCUAAACUGCCAGUGAAAGUCAUGAUAGAUCGACCUUGGUUAAGUGCCCAAUUAAAGGGUCUUAUCACUCAUCGCCAAAAGGCCCUUGCGUCAAAUAAUGAAUCCCUUUAUAAGAUCCUAAGAAAUAAAGUAAACCGGGGCCGUAGUGCUUAUUACGAGUCUAAAGUUAAGGAUCUGGGCGAUACCAAACCUCGUGAUUGA